GGAGCUGGGGGCCCGCGCGGAGGCCAUGGAUCACAUAGGGAUUCUGGGUGCGCAUCUGCAGCAGCACACGCACGUGGAGCCCAUCAGCUUCGGCAUCGAUCAGAUCCUCAGUAACGUGGAGCAGAGCUGCAUGCUGGGCGCGCGGAUGCACGAGCCGGACUACGGACACGGGGCCUACAACAGCGUCGCGAGCAGCGGCAUGAACGGUGGCGGCUAUACGUACGGUAACAGCGGAUAUAACAGCACCAGCAGCUCGUGCGGAAUGGCUUCCCUCGGCGGGGCUUAUCACAUGAACAUGGGCGUGAAUGCCAACGGGACUAACGUGAGUUCCGCCGGGGUCAUCCGUGUCCCCGCGCACCGGCCUCUGAGCUGCGGGAACUCCUCCGUGCCGCCGGUGAGCGGGAACAUCAACAACCUGACCGCCCUGACGUUCCCCUGGAUGGAGAGCAACCGACGCUACACCAAAGACAGGUUCACAGUGUCCCUCUCACCCCUCACUGUAACACGUCGUGUAGGUCAUCCCUACCAGAACAGGACGCCUCCCAAGAAGAAGAAGCCUCGGACGUCCUUCACCCGGCUGCAGAUCUGUGAGCUGGAAAAGCGCUUCCACCGGCAGAAGUACCUGGCGUCUGCUGAGCGGGCCGCCCUCGCCAAAGCCCUGAAGAUGACCGAUGCUCAGGUCAAAACCUGGUUCCAAAACAGACGCACCAAAUGGAGGCGGCAGACGGCGGAGGAGCGGGAGGCGGAGCGGCAGCAGGCCAACCGGAUCCUCAUGCAGCUGCAACAGGAGGCCUUCCAGAAAACCAUCAACCAGCCGGUGACUCCGGACCCGUUAUGCCUGCAAAACAGCUCUCUGUUCGCCCUGCAAAACCUACAGCCAUGGACCGAGAACACCGCCAAGAUCAGCAGCGUGUCGGCCUGCGAGUAGAGCCAACACACGGCCUCCAGCUGGGGAUCUGCGCCGGUGUUGCACCGAUACCGACUGACUGCUGGAGGGCAGAGACACGGGCUGUAGGCCGCUGAGGUGGUCCGAGCAGGGGAGAUCAGGUCAUCUCUCUGCUCUUAUUAUCACCCACCUUCUGUCAGACAGACUGUGGUGCUGCAGCUUGCAAUAGAUGGGGUCCCUCUGCACGGCUCUCAUCUAAUGGGGGUCUGAUCCGGAUCCUGCAGAGGUCUGGACUGAAUUCCUGUUUCAGCCCUGCAGAGAGCAGAUGGACAUUUUGGAAAUACCUCGGAGUCAUCACGAUGAACAUUGUGCUACUUUAAGUGCAAGAUGUCGAUGAGAGGACCAGAGCAGACUGGUAUCAGUGAGUUGUUGUAUUAUAGCUUACCUAUAAGGGAUUUGAUGUUUCAUAAACAGCAUAUUUUCAUAUUUGUGUAGAUCUCUGCCAUCACUGUCUGUCUGUUUCUGUAUACGUGUUUCUCUGGCAAUUUAUGGACUGUUUACUCAACUGCAAAGUAACAGAGCACUUGUUUUAGCACCUUUCUAUGCACUCAUAAUGUGACAAAAUGAAAAGACUCCAUGUGAUGAUUUAAGGCAACAUUCACCAUUUUAUGAUUUUGAGAGAAAUGGGCCUAAAGGUCACCAAAGCUUCAGAUUUUAAAAAAUCACAUUUAUUGGUCACAGUAUGACCACAGUUGACCACAUUUCAUAUUUCC